CGGUGGUGGGUAUCCCAUCCUCUGCUCUCAUCAUUUAACCUGACCAUUUAUUCUUCUUCUACCCAAGCCGCCAAGCCCGCCAGUCGUCCAUGCCAAUUCCCUUCUUCCUCCGUUUUUUAGCAUGAAGCUUCUCAAGAGCAUCUCAUCAAGCCCCAAGAAGUUCUUCAAAUCCAGAUUCGCCCGAUCCGGAGACCCGAUCUCCAUCGGCUCCGGAUCCGGUUCAUCCCGCUCCUCCAAUAACAGCAACCCCCGCGAUCCCGCCGGGGCAGAAGAAUUCCCCGGCGACGAGCUGGUCCAGGCGUUCAACCUGAUCGACCGAAACCGGGACGGGAAGAUUCAGAGGGAGGAGCUCGCGGCUCUGUUCGGCCUGCUGGGAGCGGAGGAACUGGAAAUCGAUUGUGUGAUGAGCGAGGUGGACAGGAACGGCGACGGAUGCAUAAGCCUGGAGGAGUUCGCGGCGCUCCGGCCGGCAUUCGAGGCGCCGUCGCGCGGGAGCGAGGUGAGGGACACCUUCGAGCUGUUCGACGCGGACGGGGACGGGAGGAUCUCGGCGGAGGAGCUGUAUAGGGUGCUGGGGAGGAUCGGGGACGGGAGGUGCACGAUAGAGGAGUGCCGGCGCAUGAUAAGCGGAGUGGAUAAGAACGAGGAUGGGUUUGUGUGCUUCGAGGACUUCAGCCGUAUGAUGGAGCAGCAGUUAUUCCUGUAAAAUCAAAAAAAAAAAAAAUUGAACCCUUUUUAUAUCUGAUAUAAACAAUUUGAUAUGCUCCGGAUCUUCAAUUCAAGCAGUAUAGAAUGUUAUAUUGAUCCGACCCGGAUUUGUUAAUUAGGCUCUGUUUGGGUCAUGUCUGUGCAUGCACAAUUGUAC